CAGUCGCAGUCACACAUGUGCUGCAGUCGGCAUUCUUAGUCCUCUCAUGGUCGUACGACAAACGGCCAACAUGUUGUGUGAUGCCGCCAGGCCUCUGAAGGUUCUAGCAGCCCCAGUCGUGUUCGUUGUACUGGGGUUUGGCUUCAUUCUGCUAAAGACAGUGAGUAUGAUUUUAACUUGUGUGGCACCGACCAAGAAACAAGACCUUCUGUCCAAACUCCUGGAUCGCAAAGAAGAAGAAAGCGAGGAAGCCACGAACCCAAAGUACGACCUGGACGAGUUUCUAACCUGGAAUUCUCUGAAGGGGAUGGUGUACUCCCAGAUGGUCGGCAUCAUGAAGCGGGCACGCCAGGGCGAGCCCGCCCCGGACCCCACUCUGGUCCUCCUCGAUAGCGUCACCGAGAAGAACCUGCUGAGCUUCGCGGUGGCCGACCGGCCACUUUUCGUCAACUUCGGCAGCUACACCUGACCCCCGUUCGUGCCCGACUUGGCCGUCUUUGACGAGAUCGUGGCCGAGUUUGGCGGUGGCGUCGAUUUUCUGUUGGUCUACAUCGAGGAGGCUCAUCCGACGGACGGGUGGUCCUUCCGAGCCGGUCCAGACAUCUCCAGUCACCGGUCUAUCACCCAGCGGUGUACCGCGGCACGGGCUAUGCUUGCUAACAGAACAGUACACUACAACGUAGCCGUGGACACUAUGACUAACAGUGCGAACUACCAGUACGGCGCCUUCCCGGAUAGAGUCUACAUCAUACGUCACGGGCAAGUAGUCUACGAAGGCGGCAAGGGUCCUUUCAAGUACAGCUUACAAGAGGCGAGAACGUGGCUACAGGAAAACCUCGGACAACAGGUGACUAAUUAACACUGGACAUACGAACUUUACUUCAGGUUUUGUACGAAAUAAUACAUAAUUUUCCGUCGGACACUUCAACGGACUCUCGUAUGAACAAAAACGAUACUUU